AUGACGCGUUUGAUUAAUUACUUUUUAGGCCUUUUAUUUGUCGUGUUCUUUUUUCUGCCCUGCAGGGCUUAUGCAGGGGAAGAGGUAUUGGCGCCAAUGUGUACUGAGGUCAUAGGCUUUGCUGGGGAGUACAACAGUCACAUUCGCAUUGGAGUUCCAGUGUCUCCAGCGGAGAAUGAGGCUAUCGUACUUGUUCUACGGGCCUUUCCGCUGAACUUGGGUGAACUCUCUCAGCGGUGGAUACAAAUGAACGUUACGUACCGUCUGCGUGAGGGUUCUACGGUCUUUUUGCAGUCUGACAAUGAUGGCAUCGCGGUGAUUCAAAACGUGGAGGCGGGCACAAACAUGGACAUCGAGGUCAAGCGUGUGCGGAAGGAUGGCCCUGUGCCGUUCCGUUUUUGGAGUUUUCACGCGAAUCGUCCGUCUUGUCAUAUUGAUGUGUCACCUACCAAUUCAUUUUUGGCCCCUAUUCCUGCUCGUUUUGGAAAGGUGGCUACCCCUGUGAGAGUGUACUUCAAGAGCAUAGCACCGCAGGGAGCCAAGGGAUUUAUUUUGGAUAUUACUUACGGCUUUUUCUCGACAUCGCCUGUGAAAUACGAGGUGAUGCAAUCACCAACAAGUGCAGCUGGUCUGACGCGGACAAGUGGGGAGGUGGUUCCGUGGAGCGAGGGCGUGGCUUACAUGACAUUUUCACCUUCAAUCUCAACGGAAACCUUGCAACUGCUUCAAGUGAAGAUUCUGUGGGUCGAUGACAUCACCGCCGCUGGUGGUACCGCGGAGGGUGUAGAUCCUGCAGUGCCACCGGAGGAAUUUGCAAAGAAAAACGCAACGCCGUCAGAAGUUACAAGCAAGGAGCCAUCUUCGCAGCAAUCCAAGGCUGGAGAUAAGAAGAGAGGGUCCGUGCUUGGUUUAUUAUUUAUACUUCUGUUUUCUCUCGCUGUAUUUAUGCUUGUCAUGUCAUUCGUCAACUAUCGGCUGAAAGGCGCAACUGAGUUCCCGGAGAUGAUCCCUUUUGUGGGGGUUUUUAGGUCAUGUGGACAGUACGUGUCGCUAGCGACGGAAGCAUUUAUGCGGGGCAGAGGUAAUCAUCGUGGUGGGUAUUCCGAUUUGAGCCACGAGGCGGUGAGCACGGACCGCAUCUAA